CACUGAGAAAUUUGAAGAAGCUUUUGUUUUGUUUUGUUUUUGUCUCUGUUUGCAAUGGAGGAAUCCGUCGAUAAUCCCCACUGUUCCGAUUCGACUGUUCCUGACGCCGAUGGAGGAGUGGAAUAUUAUUCCUCCAGUGAAGACGAGAGUGGAUCCUAUUGGAAAGAUUUGAUGCCCGAGGGGAACAGUGAAUCAGAGUUGUCCAGCUUGGACAAAGGAACUGCGGAUAAUUGGAUCCAGCGCAACCCUUCCAUGGUCCGCCUCACAGGGAAUCACCCCUUCAACUCGGAGGCACCACUAAACCGACUCAUGCAGCACGGCUUCAUCACGCCAGUCCCCCUCCACUACGUUCGCAACCACGGUGCAGUCCCCAAGGCCUCAUGGGACGACUGGACCGUGGAGGUAUCUGGACUCGUUAAGCGACGCGAAACAUUCACCAUGGACCAACUCAUGAACAGCUUCCCCAGACGGGAGUUCCCUGUCACGCUGGUAUGCGCCGGUAACCGCCGGGGAGAGCAGAAAAUGAUAAAGCAGACGAAAGGCUUCUACUGGGGGGCGGCCGCGGUGUCCACUUCAGUGUGGGUCGGCGUACGCUUACGCGAUGUUCUGAAACGGUGCGGCAUCAUGAGCCGCAAGCAAGGAGGAUUGAAUGUGUGUUUCGAAGGGGCGGAAGAUCUACCCGGUGGAGGCGGCUACAAGUAUGGAACCAGCAUUAAAAAGGAAAUAGCGAUGGAUCCGGCGCGAGACAUCAUAUUAGCUUACAUGCAGAACGGUGAACGGUUAUCACCAGAUCAUGGCUUCCCCGUGAGGAUGAUCAUUCCAGGGUUCAUUGGGGGCCGUAUGGUAAAAUGGCUCAAGCGUAUAAUCGUCACCCGCCAAGAAUCUGACAGUUAUUACCAUUACAACGACAACAGAGUGCUCCCUUCUCACGUCGACGACGACCUAGCGAAGGCCGAAGACUGGUGGCACAAGCCGGAGUACAUCAUCAAUGAACUGAACAUCAACUCCGUCAUCACCACACCAGGCCACGAAGAAACCAUACUCAUCGACUCCUGCAGGAUCCAGAAGCCCUACACGUUGAGGGGCUACGCGUACUCUGGAGGAGGGAAGAAAGUGACACGUGUGGAAGUGACGACCAAUGGAGGGGAAACGUGGCAAGUGUGCAGAGUGGACCACCCAGAGAAGCCCAACAAAUACGGCAAGUACUGGUGCUGGUGCUUCUGGUCACUAGAGGUGGAGGUGCUGGACCUGCUUGGUGCCAAAGAGAUUGCGGUUCGAGCCUGGGAUGAGACUCUCAACACCCAACCAGAGAAGCUCAUCUGGAACGUCAUGGGAAUGAUGAACAACUGCUGGUUCAGAGUGAAAACGCACUUGUACAAGUCGCCCGAGGGAGAGAUUGGAAUCGUGUUCGAGCAUCCAACUCUCCCAGGAAACCAAGCCAGAGGAUGGAUGGCGCGUGAACAGAACGCCAACUCAACUCCGCAGGAGAAUGUCUCACCCCGUUCCAAAUUGACGUACUCCAUGUCCGAGGUCAAAAAACACAACUCAGACCACUCCACAUGGAUCGUCAUCCACGGCCACGUCUACGAUUGCACCCGCUUCCUCAAAUACCACCCUGGCGGUACCGACAGCAUCCUCACCAAAGCUGGCACCGACUGCACUGAGGAGUUCGACGCCAUACACUCUGAUAAAGCCAAAAAGCUUCUCGAGGACUAUCGAAUUGGUGAGUUGAUGACCACCGGUUACACCUCCGACUCCUCUGCAUCAUCUCCCAACACCUCAGUACAUGGGGCCUCCAACUUGACUGACCUUGCUCCUAUCAAGGGUUUAACCCCAUUGAGAAGCGUUGCACUCGUUCCUCGUGAGAAAAUCCCAUGCAAGCUCGUCUCCAGGGAUUCCAUCUCACAUGGCGUACGUCGUUUUCGAUUUGCAUUGCCGUCUAAAGAUCAAGUUUUGGGAUUACCCGUAGGAAAGCACAUAUUCCUGUGUGCUGCCAUUGAUGGUAAGCUGUGCAAGCGAGCCUACACCCCGACUAGCAACAUUAAUGAAGUGGGCUUCUUCGAGCUUGUGGUUAAGAUUUACUUCAAUGUUGGCCUCAUGUCGCAGUACUUGGACUCGCUUCCAUUGGGGGCCACAUUGGACGUGGAGGGUCCAUCGGGUAACAUAGAAUAUACUGGGCGUGGUUACUUUCUUGUGAGUGACGAACGGAAACCCAAGUUUGCCAAGCUGGCCAUGAUGGCAGGAGGCACUGGGAUCACGCCCAUCUAUCAGAUUAUUCAAGCUGUGUUGAACGAUCCAGGGGAUGAUACCGAGAUGUAUUUGGUGUAUGCUAAUCACACUGAAGCUGAUAUAUUGCUGCGGGAGAGGCUUGAUGAUUGGGCUAGAAAGCAUGAGAGGAGGUUGAGGGUAUGGUAUGUGGUGAGUAAGACCACAAGCCAAGAGUGGAAAUACAGUUCGGGUCACAUCACAGAAGAUAUUCUCAAGGAGCACAUCCCACCUGCUACUGAUACUUUGGCUCUGGCCUGUGGUCCACCGCAGAUGAUUGAGCUUGCGGUGAAACCCAACUUGGAGAAGUUGGGCUACGAUAUUAACAAUGCUUUGUUGGUGUUCUAAAUGAUGGGGAGAGACGGAAGGCUACCUCAUGUAUUUCGGUCUUUCUUCCUGUGGUAAAAUAAAGAAAAUCGGUCAAAAGAGGUUCAGCCUGUGUUCGGUUAAUGUAACAUUUUUCUGCUAUGGGGAACCCAAAAAAUAAAAAUAAAAAAACAAAAAUAUGUU